CAAGGCCAUAUCUUCGUCUCGCUGCUGCAUCCAACUCACUGGUAUACCCUCCGUCCACAUUAGCUCGUCCUUGCCACUGCUAUCGAUAGACUGCAAGAAUAAAAACCCUCCACCCCGCUACUCCUGCGUUUCACUGUUCGAAUCCACGACGAAUGUCCCUCUCUCGUACAGCCUCCGAGGCUUCUUUCAUCCUGGUCAAUUCCGAGAGCCCUCAAGAACGUUCCAAGCCUCAGGAGUCCUUUGCGCAUGACUGGUCCUCCGCCGGUACUGGAGGAAAAAUCUACCUCCACGGUCGACACUUUGUCGAUGCCUACGGACGAGUGUGCAAUCUGCGUGGCGUAAACUUGUCGGGCAAUUGCAAGACCCCAGUAAACCAUGACCAUCAUAGUUUCCCGGCGAAUCACGCCGAUGUCACCUUUGUCGGACGACCCUUCCCCCUAGAGGACGCUCCCGACCAUUUCGCCAGACUUAGACGAUGGGGUCUGACCUUCGUUAGAUUUUUGAUUACAUGGGAGGCAGUUGAACACACUGGCCCUGGAAUCUACGACAUGGAGUACCUCGAGUAUGUCCGCAAGCUCCUCUCCCUCAUGCCUCAAUACGGCCUCGUUGCCUUCGUCGCCCUACACCAAGACGUCUGGUCACGGUACACCGGGGGCUCAGGUGCGCCCGCCUGGACGCUCGAGGCCGUCGGCUUCGACAUCCACGGCCUCGAGGAGCCUGGCGCCGCCUGGCUGAAGGGUGUGCGCGGGGGAGGACAUACCGAGGACGAACGAGGGUUGUGGCCAUGCGGGUACCAGAAACUCGCCGCUGCUACCAUGGCGACGUGUUUCUGGGGAGGGGACAUGUUUGCUCCCAAGCUGAAGGUGAAGGGACCGGACGGGAAGGAAGUGUCCAUCCAGCAGCUCUUGCAGGGCUCGUUCCUGAACAUGUGGGAGUUAGUCGCCAAGACCCUCGGCGACUUGGAAGCGGUCAUUGGGUUCGAGAUAAUGAACGAGCCGCAUAGAGGGUAUAUCGAGCUCCAGUCGAUGCACGCCUUUGACUACAACACCGACCUCCAUCUUGGGCACGUCCCCACUGCCUUCCAGUCGUUCAUGCUGGGUUCAGGCCACCCGACGACUGUAGGGGUCUGGACCCGCUCGUUCCCGAUGCCGACACGCCUGACCUCUCAAGCCGUGCUCAACACGGCCGGCCAGAAGGCCUGGCUGGACAACGGCCCGACGCAGGGCAAGUGUCUGUGGGAGCUACAUGGAGUCUGGGGCUGGGACCAGAAGAAGAACGAGGGUGUCGUCCUGCGCGAGAACUACUUCAAAAGAGACCCGGAAACCGGCAGGGAGAUCGAUUGGUACUCCGACUUCUAUUUCCCGUUCCUAAACAAGUGGGCGGAGAGAGUACGAAGCGCGUCCAGUGCGGACAAGGUCGUGCUUUGCGAAGCGAUACCAAACGAGUUCUGCCCGAAGUCGUGGACGGCGGAACGCCGCCCUAUGAACAUGGUGUAUGCGCCGCACUGGUAUGACCUGAACACGCUCUUCAUGAAGGCGUUUGGCAACUUCUCUGUCAACGUCCAGGGCCUGUCGAGGGGCAUGUUCCCACUGAAAGCGUUCUAUUGGGGCCAGAAGGGCGCGCGUGACAACUUUGCGCUGCAGAUUCGGAACAUCGUGGAAGCUGGGUACGAAUCUCUCGGGGAGACGCCAGUCAUCAUCGGGGAGUGCGGCAUCCCCAUGGACAUGAACAAGGGCGAAGCGUUCGAAACGGACCGCUGGCAUUGGCAGAUGAAGAUGAUGGACGCGAUGGUCGCGGCUCUGGAGCGUGCUCUCGUAGGCUUCACGCUGUGGAACUACAACCCGGACAACGACGACCGCACCGGCGACGAAUGGAACGGGGAGAACUUCUCGUGGUUUAGCCAGAAGCGCGCGCUGCCGUCCACAUGGCUCGACCACAACCAGUCAUCGCCCACGCUCGACAACGGAGGCCGUAUCCUGCGCGCUGUCGUGCGCCCGUACCCCGCUAAGACCGCGGGCGUCCCUCUCCGGUUCGAGUACGAGAUCAACACAUACGAGUUCACGUUCGAGUGGGCGAUCCCUGGCUCGGCCGAGUCUGUGUCGACAGUGACAGGGAAGGGCGGCCCAAGCGUGCGGACGCCCCCGCUGAACGAUAUGCCGCCCCUCACAUCGAACAAGACAGAGAUCUUCUACCCAUCGCUGAUCGCGCAUGGGCGGAACGUCGUCGUACGGGGCUUGGGGAAGGAGGACCGCUGGGCGUACGACGAAAGCAGGCAAACGCUUACGAUCGUCACCGCGGACAACGCCCCAGGGACGGUGUACCGCGUGACGGUGGGCGUGGACCCGCUGCCGAAGGAGGCGUUCGAGGUGAACGACUUCUGGGGGGACUUCAGCGGGCAGAUACUGGCGUGGUCUCUCGUGAUCGUCACGUUGGUCGUGCUGCUGCUCUCGUGGCUACUUGGGUAGAGUUUGGGAAUGCAUAUGUGGCGUGCGGCUGGUCUGGCAUCUCCGUGCUGGGAAGGGGGAUCUAUGUAGCCGUUGCUCACUAUCUAGUCUCAAUCGUUAAUGUGGACAUCCGGGAAUCUACUUGCUGC